GCAGUUUGUGCCAUAUUGGAAUGAGGUCGUGAACGACUAGGCGGAAAGAGACGGCAUCUAAAACCGACUUGAAAAACUAUUUACUGAGCUUCUAGACUUGGUCGGUAGGAGGAGCCAACAUGAGUCAUGAGUUGCUGGAGUCCGAUGGAGACUCUAGUCAGGAUGUGUCUGACUUUAACUGGGAUGACUAUUUGGAGGAGAACGGGGCAGUGUCUGUGCCCCACCAUGCCUUCAAACACGUGGACCAGGGCUUGCAGACGGGUCUGACUCCAGGUAUGAAGCUGGAGGUGUGUGUGCGUUCAGAGACCGACCAACCCUACUGGGUGGCCACCAUCAUCACCACCUGUGGCCAGCUGCUCCUCCUGCGAUACGAAGGUUACCACGACGACCGCCGUGCCGACUUCUGGUGUGACAUCAUGACGGCUGACCUCCACCCCCUGGGCUGGAGCCGGGAGCAGGGCAAACCCAUGAGACCCCCCGAGGGUGUGAGAGAGAAACAACCAGACUGGGAGGGCAUCCUGGAGAAAGCCCUAGCGGAGAAGUGCAGUGCACCUGCCAACCUGCUGGAGGGGCCCCAGCGUGGUAAGGACCCGGUGGACCUGCUGUCUCCAGGCUGCAGUGUGGAGCUGCAGGACAGUGUUGACCCUGGGGUGGCGUGGGGCGCUGAGGUGGAGGAGAACAUGGGUGGCAGGCUGAGACUACGCCUAGUAGGCACAGAGAGACUCCCUGAUACACACUCCACCCUCUGGCUCUACUACCUGCACCCCCACCUCCACCCACCUGGCUGGGCCAAACAGCGCGGUUGCACCCUCAGGCCUCCUUCAGCCCUGGUCCCCCUGCACACGGAGGAGGAGUGGGAGGAGGUCAGACAGAGGAUCAGUAAUCAGCCUCAUGAUGAAGCCCUCUCUGAAGAGUUCUAUAAGGACCGGCCUGCCAUUGCUGCCCACUGCUUCACUGAGGGGAUGAAACUGGAGGCCGUUGACCCUACGUCCCCUUUCUGCAUCAGUCCUGCCACCGUUAUCAAGGUGUUCAGUGACGAGUGCUUCCUAGUAAAGAUGGACUGUCUCCGUGGUGAUGAUUCGGGGUCCUUCCUGUGUCACAGGGACAGUCCUGGGAUCUUUCCUGCCCAGUGGAGCCUUAAGAACGGCCUCCCGCUCAGCCCCCCUCCAGGGUACCAGGGGCAGGACUUUGACUGGGCAGACUACCUGAAACAGUGUGAGGCCGAGGCAGCACCACAACACUGCUUCCCCACAGAACAGUCUGAUCACAGCUUUAAAGAGGCCAUGAAGUUGGAGGCAGUCAACCCACUCUCACCUGAGCACAUUCACGUGGCAACGGUAACCAAGGUCAAAGGGCAACAUAUUUGGCUUGGCCUGGAAGGGCUGAAACAGGCUAUACCAGAGCUGAUAGCUCAUGUGGACUCGUUGGAUAUCUUCCCUGUCAGCUGGUGUGAGACCAACGGUUACCCCCUGCUGUACCCCAUCAAACCCAAAGUUGAAAAGCAGAGGAGGAUUGCUGUGGUGCAGCCUGAGAAACACCGAGCACCACCCAAAUCCACAACACCUGACACACUCAGGCUGCAGUUGGCCAGCCAAUCAGAGACUGGACAGGGGAACGGAAAGUACUGCUGUCCCAAGAUUUUCUUCAACCACCGCUGCUUCUCUGGCCCCUACCUGAACAAGGGCCGCAUCGCUGAGCUGCCCCAGUGUGUUGGCCCUGGCAACUGUGUCCUGGUUCUCAAAGAGGUGUUGACUCUGCUGAUCAACUCAGCCUACAAGCCCAGCCGGGUGCUCAGGGAGCUGCAGCUGGACCAGGAGGACCGCUGGCACGGCCAUGGAGAGACACUCAAAGCCAAGUACAAGGGAAAGAGUUAUCGGGCUACGGUGGAGAUAGUGCGUACAGCAGAUUGUGUGGCGGAAUUCUGUAGGAAGACCUGCAUCAAGCUGGAGUGUUGCCCAAACCUGUUUGGACCUCGCAUGGUUCUGGAGCGCUGCUCAGAGAACUGCUCUGUGCUCACCAAGACCAAAUACACUUAUUACUAUGGUAAGAAGAAAUGUAAACGAGUGGGCCGCCCACCAGGGGGGCAUUCUAACCUAGAAGGAGGGGUGAAGAGAAGAGGUAGAAGGAGGAAGAGGAGAAAGCAACUAUUUGUCCAUAAGAAGAGACGCUCCUCAGCCUCACUAGACAACACACCUGCCGGUUCACCACAGGGCAGUGGAGAUGAGGAGGAUCUGGAUGAUGAGAACUCUCUGAGUGACGAUACUGGCUCUGAGCUCCAGGAUGAUCAGGACGAUUCAGAAUAUUCCAUUGGGAAGUCUCAACCACCCACCCCAUCCCCCUCUCCUCCUGCAACGCCCAGACCAACCCGAAAACGCAGGAAACCUCGCUCCCCAUCUUACUCUGAUGAUGAGAACCACCCACCUUCACCAAAGAGCUCGAGAGGUGAGGCUCCCCAGAAACUGUGUUUGGACACCAGUCCCCUGGAGUGGAGUGUGACUGAUGUGGUGUGUUUCAUCAGGACCACCGACUGUGCUCCCCUGGCACGCAUUUUCCUGGAUCAGGAGAUUGAUGGACAGGCUCUGCUUCUGCUCAACCUGCCCACACUGCAGGAGUGUAUGGACCUGAAACUGGGACCAGCCAUAAAGCUGUGUCACCAUAUCGAAAGGGUCAAACUUGAAUUCUACCAGAAAUUUGCUACAUAGCUGAGGAUUCUGAAUGAAAUAAACAUUACAUACAGUCAGUAACAUUAAAUGACUCCAUAACUGAUUUCCAGCUGGACAUCCUUUGAACCCUGCACCCAGGCCCAGCACAACAGCAGCAGUCAUGCAUGGACAUCAGAUGGAUCAAGACUUUCAUUUUUUCCUGUUUUUUUCCUGUGUAAUGGUCAGAAAGGGUUCUGCCUCGUUGUAUUCUAGGUAAAGACACCUUAACAUGGAUAUUCAUGUUCAGGUUUAUCUCACCCACAAUAUGACUCCUGGUUUCAUUUAAUCAACUUGACAAGCGUUGACAAUGCAAGGAUUUAAGCACAAAGACAAAUAAACCAUGUACUAUAUCGCGGUAUGUAAAGUGUACAUAGCAGGGUGAAUUUGUAUAUAGUGUACAUAUUUAAAAGCUCUUCUAGUGCAAUAGGGUGAUUAAUGGUAAUAGCCUGAUUUUCUACUAAACAUAUUUGCUUUGAGAGUACCUGUGCAAAGGUCUUAUUUCAAAAUGUAGACAUACAUUUGAGAUUGGAAACCCACAGAAAGAGCAAUCCCCACUGCUUGACAGCCUUUUCGUCUUCUCAGAGAGGGAUUUUAACAUCUAAAAUUGAAGACAUUAUCUAGGGCCUGUAGUAAAGCAUUAAGAUGUAGGGGUUUUUGGAGCAAAAUUCAAAUAAGUAUAAACCAAAUAUUGGGACCUUUUGUGACCCUUUAUAUAUUUGUAUUGUUUUACCUUUUACCUACAACCAUUGGUGGACUACUGUGUGGGCUUUAUUUUCGGGAGCCAUUCUAGCUGUCAUUGCUGUGUUUGUGUUUUAUUUCCCCUAAUUUACCUGUCUCUGCCAUUGAGAUCUAUUACUCUUACAGGAGAUAAAACUGGAAUUUAUUAAUUUGAUUUUGUCUAUAUGUUUGUUGAAUAUGAUUGCUAUUUUAAGAGAAUGUGGAAUUAAAGCCUGAAUCUCAUCCCAAUAGAGAGCAAUAGUAAUGGCCUCUUUUUUGCCAUGGUUCAUUGGACAAAACCUAUGGGAAAAUGUCGUUUUUGUAGGGUUUUUGGAUAAAUGCCAAAAAUAAGGUGUGUGGUAAACACAGGCUUAGGUCUUAUAGGUUUUGUUCUACGAGAUAAUCAGCUAACGUCACUUUCUGUGUAUUUUGAAGCACGUAUGUAAUAAUUAAAAAACAUAAAGCUUUCAUGAUUAAUAAAGGUCAUGUUAACUGACUGAUAUUAUCUCAUAUAGAACAUAACAUGUAAGAUUUCCUAAACCUCAGACAAAAUUGUCGGCGUUUAUCCCAAAACCCUAUUAUUUCCCCAUUCAUUUCCCCCAUAGCAAUGGCUGAACGAACCAGAGGUAAAUCAUUUCCGGGUUUUCGGAUUUGAAGCUGGCGAGCUCUAUGAGUUCAACACGGUUCAAAAUCUUUCCAAGCUACACUUCCCAUGAUACCGUUGUGUCACGUCGAUCACAUUAAACCUUUACGUAAUGUCAACAUGA